AUGGAUGACUCGAUGAUGGAAGACUCAGUAUUCGAGGAUGAUGGAGGCAGCUCUGACUUUGCACCUGAGCCUGUGGCGAAGCCCAAAGCUAAGGCAGCUCCGAAGAAAGCUCCCGCCAAAGCUGCCGCUAAGAAGCUUACUCAAACCACACUCAAGGCCAAACCUGCUGCCAAAUCGGCCGUCACUAAGAAGAAGGCCAAGGCCGAAAGCGAGGACGAAUUGUCCGAUAUCCAAAUGUCCGAUAAUGAUUCCCUCUCCAUAACCCCCCCUAAAGCGAAGAAGACAGCUGCGCCCAAACGAGCUGGGUCAAAGCCUCUUGCAGAUGUUGAGAAUGAGUCUCACGGGGGAGACGUUCCCAUAGACGGCGCAGGCAAGAACACAUCGGACAAGUAUCAGAAACUUACCCAACUCGAACACAUCAUCAAACGUCCCGACACAUACAUUGGAUCGACCGAGCGCACCACCCAGCAGAUGUGGGUGUAUAACUCUUCCACCGAGGUGAUGGAGUUCCGCGAUGUUUCUUUCGUUCCGGGUCUGUACAAGAUCUUUGAUGAAAUUGUUGUAAACGCAGCCGAUAACAAACACAAUGACGCGAACAUGAAUGAGAUGCGCAUCACAAUUGACCGCGAAGCUGGCGAGAUCAGCGUGUGGAAUAACGGACGUGGUAUUCCUAUCGAGAUCCACUCGAAGGAGAAAAUUUAUGUCCCUGAGCUCAUUUUCGGUCACCUGCUCACUUCAUCGAACUACGAUGAUAGUCAGCAGAAGGUGACUGGUGGUCGUAACGGUUUCGGUGCCAAACUUUGUAAUGUUUUCUCGACUGAAUUCAACCUGGAGACUCAGGACUCUCGCCAGAAGAAGAAGUACAAGCAAACUUGGACCGAUAAUAUGACCAAGAUGGGCAAAGCCAAGAUCACGGAUGCCAAGGGAGAUGACUAUACCAAGGUCACAUUCAAACCGGACUUCGCGAAGUUUGGUAUGGAGGGCAUCGACGACGAUUUCGAAGCACUCGUGAAGCGCAGAGUCUACGAUUUGGCGGGUACGGCCAACGUUGCUGUCAAAUUGAAUGGCACCCGGAUUCCCAUCCGCAACUUCAAGCAAUACAUGGCAAUGUAUACCAAAGCCAUCCGCAAGGAGCGUGGUGAUGAUAGCCCUCCCGCCAAGGAUGAGAUCAUCACAUGUAGCCCAGAUCCCCGAUGGGAGGUUGGAUUUGCCGUCUCGGAUGGUUCAUUCCAGCAAGUUUCGUUCGUUAACUCCAUUGCGACAACCUCGGGUGGUACACAUGUCAACUAUAUCGCCGACCAAAUCUGUACUCGCUUGGCUGAUCAGGUGAAGAAGAAGAACAAGUCCGGGGCAACAUUGAAGACUGCACAGAUUAAGAACCACAUCUUCAUCUUCGUGAAGUCCCUGAUUGUCAACCCGGCUUUCACUUCCCAAACUAAGGAACAAUUGACAACAAAAGCUAGCCAGUUUGGUAGCAAGUGUCCUCUUGACGAAGCAUUUUACAAGAAGGUCCUCAACACUGAGGUCAUGUCCAACAUUCUGCAUUUUGCGGAGCAAAAGGCGGACCAGAUCUUGAAGAAGGGCGACACUGGCCGCCGUUCGCGUAUGAACAACCCCAAGCUAGUCGAUGCCAACAAAGCUGGUACCAGAGACGGCCACCACUGCACGCUCAUUCUGACUGAGGGUGACUCAGCCAAGGGAUUGGCCAUGGCUGGCAGAGCUGUUGUUGGGCCAGACUUGUUCGGUGUCUUCCCCCUCCGCGGAAAGCUUCUCAACGUCCGCGAUGCUUCCUUCGACCAAAUUUCAAAGAACGCCGAAAUUCAAAACAUCAAGAAUUUCCUUGGACUGCAACAUAAGAAAGAAUAUACCGAUACGAAGGGCCUUCGAUAUGGUCAUCUGAUGAUCAUGACUGAUCAGGAUCACGACGGUAGUCACAUCAAGGGUUUGCUCAUUAACUUCCUUCAAGCGCAGUUCCCUAGCUUGUUGAAGAUUCCCGAAUUCCUCAUUGAAUUCAUCACUCCUAUCAUCAAGGUUUGGAAGGGUGACCCCAAGAACCCGACCAAGCAAAAAUCAUUCUUCACCAUGCCCGAGCAUGAUGCGUGGCAUGAAGCUCACAAGCAUGAACGCGGUUGGGAUCACAAGUACUACAAGGGUUUGGGAACCAGCACAACAGAGGAUGCCCAGGUUUACUUCCGUGACCUCGAUCGUCACCUGAAGGAGUUCCACACCAUGAAAGCGGAAGAAGCGCAGCUCAUUGAGCUUGCCUUCUCCAAAAAGAAGGCGGAUGAGCGUAAAGAAUGGCUCCGUCAGUUCAAGCCUGGAACCUACUUGGAUCACUCUGUGGACAAGAUCUCCUACACCGAUUUCAUCAACAAAGAGCUUAUUCUGUUCAGUAUGGCUGAUAACAUGCGCUCAAUCCCCUCUGUUGUCGAUGGCUUGAAGCCCGGUCAGCGAAAGGUGCUAUACACUUGUUUCCGUCGCAAUUUGAAGAAGGAUAUGAAGGUCGUUGAGUUGGCUGGUCACGUUUCUGGAAUGACAGCCUACCAGCAUGGUGAUGUGUCCCUUCAGCAGACCAUUGUUGGUCUUGCCCAAACAUUCGUGGGUUCCAACAACAUCAACUGCCUGGAACCCAGUGGAAACUUCGGUAGUCGACUUCAAGGUGGAAACGACUGUGCCAGUGCUCGUUAUAUUUACACUCGUUUGUCUCCAUUCGCACGCAAGGUGUUCAACACUGCCGAUGAGCCCUUGCUUAAGUAUGGCGAAGACGAUGGUAAGAAGAUUGAGCCUGAGGUUUAUAUGCCUGUCGUUCCCAUGAUUCUGGUCAACGGCGCGGACGGCAUUGGAACUGGUUGGAGUUCUUCUAUCCCCAACUACAACCCGGAGGAUAUUGUGGCCAAUAUCAAGCGCCUGAUGGCCGGUGAGCCUACUGAACCCAUGCAGCCCUGGUUCCGUGGGUUCACUGGUGAGGUUGUCGCUAUGGGUGGCGAUCGAUACAAAUUCAGUGGUAUCAUCAAGGAAUGUGGUGAUAAAGAGAUCGAGAUUACCGAAUUGCCCAUUCGUAGCUGGACUCAGGAUUUCAAAGACAAGCUGGAGGACAUCAUCAAAGCCGAGAAGGUGCCAUCUUUCAUCAAGGAUUACAGGGACUACAACACUCACACCAAGGUGCACUUCGUUAUUCAACUCGAUGAGAAACAUAUGCAGUCUGCUUUAAGUGAAGGUCUGGAAGACAAGUUCAAGUUGACCAAAACGAUUUCUACCACCAAUUUGGUCGCCUUCGACCCUGAGGGUCGUAUCACUAAGUACGCGACUGUCGAUGAUAUCCUGAAAGAGUUCUUCGUUAUUCGCCUCAAGUACUAUGAGCGUCGCAAGCAGCACCAGCUUUCCGAGAUUCAAAAGGAGCUGGAGAAGCUGAGCAACCAAGCUCGCUUCGUGCAGAUGAUCAUCGAUGGCAAGUUGGUGAUCUCCAAGAAGAAGAAGCCUGUCCUGGUCGUUGAGCUGAAGGAUAAGGGCUUCAAGCCCAUCAGCAAGUUGGCCGAGGCCGCCCAGAUGGGUGAACAAGAGCCCGUGGUUGAAGAAGACGAAGAGGAGGCAGAGGAUAACGAAACCGAAAAUUUGUCGAACUCCUUUGAUUAUCUUCUGGGUAUGCCCAUGUGGUCACUGACCCAGGAGCGUGUGGAGAAGCUCCGCCGUCAGAUCGGUGACAAAGAGACUGAGAUUGAUGUCUUGAUCAAGUUGUCCAAGGAGGACAUCUGGAACCGCGAUUUGGAUGAGUUCAUCAACGAGUGGCGCUUCCAGCUCGCGGACGAGGAAGCUCGUGCCCGCAAAUCUGCUGGCUUGGACCGCAAACGUCGCACAUCAUCCAAGCUAGCCACCGGUGGUGGUCGUGGCGCGGCUUCACGCAAGCGCAAGGUUGCCAACGGCGAUGAUCCAGACGAUGAAGAUUUCGGUGGCCCUAAGGCGAAGAAAGCCGCCGCGGCCAAGAAGAAGGAGCCCCAAACUAACAGCCUGAUGAACUUCCUCAACAAAUCAUCAGCCAAGCCAAGCCCAUCUCCUGCGGCUGAUGGAAAUGGUGACUCGGAUGACGAUUUCGACAUGGACAUAGAGGUCCUUCCGAAGAAGAGUCGUGCUGCGGCGAAGCCCAAAGCUCAACCUAAGGAGGAGGAUGAUUUCUUUGACAUUGACGAGGUUCCUCAGGCCUCCAGGGCAUCGGUCCAACCGAGUGCUGCUCCAAUUGCUGAUGCUGAUGCUGAUCCAUUCGACAUGGACAUUGAUAUGGAUGUGGACGAGGCGCCGAAGCCCAAGCCUGCUGCAAAGGCAGCGGCUAAACCAGUAGCCAAGCCGGCCGCCAAACGAGGACCCAAGGCCAAGGCUAAGGUCGAAGAAGAAUCAGACGACGACUUCUUGGAAAUUGCCAAGGCCGAGGCGGCUAAGCCUGCAGCAUCCGCUCGCGCUCGAAAGCCUGUAAAAUACUCGGCGCCCAGUGAUUCGGACAGUGACAACGGCGACGAUCUCCUUGGAGAUGUCAGCCAAAUGGUUAAGGGCAUUGGCGGCGACUCAGGGGUUGAUUCUCGACAGCUCUUUUCGGAGCGGCCUCGUUCCGAAAGUGCAGCCAGCUUGAAGCCUGCCCCUAAGUCAUCCAAGGCCAACGAUGAGUUCGACCCAGAUGAGACGGACUACAGCAAGCUCAUUCCUCAAAAUUCCCCACGUCGCUCAAUCCAAAUAAGACCCAAGGAUGCGAAGGUUGACAAUGAGGCUGAUAACGACGAGGAUGAUGAGCCAGUCAAGCCCACUGCCAGAGCCAAGGCCGCUCCUAAGGCUAAGGCUGCUCCCAAACCCAAGGCUGCUCCCAAGGCUGCUCCCAAGCCUAUCGAAAUCGACGAAGAUGAUGACGAGAUCGACGAGGAUGAUGAACCAGUCAAGCCAACUGCCAGAGGCAAGGCUGCCCCCAAGGCCGCCGUCGCGCCGAAAGCUCGUGGUCGACCCAAGAAGGAGCCAGCUGCCAAGGCUGCUCCCCCGGCGCUGUCCCCAGCGGCUAAGGCGUAUGCUUCCAAGCAAGCUAAGUCGAAGAAGAUCGCGGAUGACUACUCGGAGGAUGACAUUGAUGCAAUGGCCAAUGAUAUUUUGGACUCACCAGCGGGUAAAGCGCCUGUCUCCGAUGAAGACGAUGAAGAAGUCGCUCCUCCUACCCGUCGCGCCGCUGCAGCCCGUCCUGCUCGCCGUGGUGCCGCAGCACAGAAGAAGUCUUACGUCAUUGAGGAUGACAGUGAGGAAGAGCCCUCUACGGAUGAUUUUGGCGAGGAUGAAGAUGAGAGCGAUUAG